AGCCACUUAGAGAGGAGAAAGAAACAGCUUCAUCAGUCUCUGCCCUGUGAGACUCAAUGGCCUAUGUUUCUGCAGUCAACUUCUUUCUCUGCUCAUUACUCCUCUGCCUCUUCCUCUCUCUCCCUCCUUCACAAGGUAACAAGCAGAACUGGUAUACCAAAUACAGAUAUCCAUUUCUGAAAAAGGCAAGCUCGUUCUCAUCAUCAUCAUCAUCAACAUCAACCACUCCCAGCAACAAUGCUUAUGAUUAUAUAAUUGUGGGAGGUGGAACUGCGGGCUGCCCUCUGGCUUCAACACUGUCCCAAAACUUUAGGGUUUUGCUUCUUGAAAGAGGGGGCAUACCUUUCACAAACCCUAAUGUGUCAUUUCUGGAGAAUUUUCAUAUCACUUUGGCUGAUAUUUCACCAUCUUCAGCUUCCCAGUACUUCAUUUCCACUGAUGGUGUUCUUAAUGCCAGAGCUAGGGUUUUGGGAGGUGGGAGCUCCAUUAAUGCUGGCUUCUACACCAGAGCAAGCUCAAGGUUUAUAAAGAGAGUGGGGUGGGAUGCGAAGGUGGUGAACGAGUCAUACGAGUGGGUGGAGAAGCAAAUAGUGCAUUGGCCUAAGUUCUCCGCGUUUCAGAGAGCAGUAAAGGACAGCCUUCUGGACGUAGGAAUCUCUCCUUUCAACGGUUUCACGUAUGAUCAUAUUUAUGGCACCAAGGUUGGUGGCACCAUUUUUGAUCGGUUCGGUCGUCGCCACACAGCUGCUGAGCUUCUCGCUUCUGCCAACCCAUAUAAACUCACUGUUCUCACCUACGCCACCGUCCACAAAAUCGUCUUUGAUACUAAAGGUAAGAGGCCAAGAGCUGUGGGAGUGAUAUUCAAAGAUGAGAAUGGGAAAAUCCAUCAGGCAAAUCUGGGGAAUGGAAGGAAGAAUGAAGUAAUAGUGUCUAGUGGGGCAAUUGGGACUCCUCAAUUGCUUCUGCUAAGCGGGAUUGGCCCAAAAGAGCAGCUCCAGAACUUUAAGAUCCCAGUGGUGUUUGAUAUUUUUGUUGGGAAAGGCAUGGCUGAUAACCCCAUGAACACCAUUUUUGUUCCUUCCAAUAGACCAGUUCAUCAGUCACUCAUUGAGACUGUGGGUAUUACUAAACGUGGAGUCUACCUAGAAGCUAGCUGUGGGUUUAGUCAGUCCACUGAUAGCAUUCACUGUCACCAUGGAAUCUUGUCUGCUGAGAUUGGCCAGCUCUCCACAAUCCCUCCCAAGCAAAGAUCAAGAGAAGCUGUUCUUGCUUUUACCAAGAACAAGCGCAAUCUCCCGAUUGAAGCAUUCAGGGGAGGUUUCAUAUUGUCAAAAGUGGCCAACCCUUGGUCUGUAGGUGAUCUCAAGUUGAUCAACACCAAUGUAGAAGACAACCCUUCUGUUACCUUCAACUAUUUCAGUCACCCACAUGAUCUCCAACGUUGUGUUGAGGGUAUCAGAAUAGCCACCAAGGUUGUGCAGUCUGAGCACUUCACAAACUACACCAUGUGUGCCCGACAAACCACAGAGAAACUGCUUAACCUCACUGUGAAGGCCAAUGUGAACCUCAUACCCACACUCAAUGACACGCAAUCACUGGAGCAGUUUUGCAGAGACACUGUGAUCACAAUCUGGCACUACCAUGGUGGGUGCCACGUGGGCAAGGUUGUUAAUUCUGAAUAUAAGGUUCUUGGAGUUGACAGACUACGUGUGGUGGAUGGCUCAACAUUUACAGAAUCACCAGGGACUAAUCCUCAAGCUACUGUCAUGAUGAUGGGCAGGUACAUGGGACUGAAGAUUUUAGGAGAUAGGGUGCGCAAAUCAGGUUAGGGAAGAAUACAGUGGUAUGAUGAUAUAAGAUGAGCUAUGUAAGUUGUAACAUUGGAAGUUGAUGUGGUAUAUAUUUGUUGAAAUGGUCAGUAAACAAAAUGAUCAUUAGUAAACAAAGAUGCCUUAGUUUUACUGGGAAGAAUCAUUUUGGUGUAAUGUAUUAUUAUCUUCUGUUUUGGUGGAAUCUUGGUUGUUGACAAUUGCACAAGUGUACUUAUAUAUCCCAUGUAGAGAUCAACAUCAAAUUUACUUAUA